CUUAGAUGUCAUAAUAAGAAGACCACAUAGUUAACUAAUGUAUUUCACAUUUUAGCAAUUAUUUAACACGAGGACUUAAUAUUUCUUAAUUUUAAGCAUUUUAUUGUACCAAUCAUAUAACAGAGAAAAUGUACCCUGUUCAGUCUCCAGCGGGGGAGACCAGUGGUGGUGCUGUGGGAGUAUCUGCAACAGUAAGCACUGCUGCAGGCACUACAGGUGCUCCGACGGGUGCUCCAAGCACUGCACCUACGACUGGCACCCCAGCCACAGGAGCAGCUGUCGCUGCAGGACCUAUGUCUUUAGUAUCACCAGCUGCUGCCCCUCCACCAGACUUACCUGUACUCACAUGCCCCAGACGUCCAAACCUUGGCCAUGAAGGUCGGCCUAUUAUGCUGCGUGCCAAUCAUUUUCAAAUAUCUAUGCCAAGAGGUUUUGUGCAUCAUUAUGAUGUCAAUAUACAACCAGAUAAAUGCCCAAGAAAGGUUAAUAGAGAAAUUGUUGAGACUAUGGUACAUUGUUAUAAUAAAAUAUUUGGUGCACUGAAACCAGUAUUUGAUGGAAGAAACAAUCUUUAUACAAGAGACCCCUUACCUAUUGGUAAUGAUAGAGUGGAGCUAGAAGUUAUAUUGCCGGGAGAGGGAAAGGACAGAGUUUUCCGUGUGACAAUAAAAUGGGUUGCACAGGUGUCACUGUUUGCUCUUGAAGAGGCUUUGGAAGGACGCACUAGGCAGAUCCCUUAUGAUGCUAUAUUGGCUCUCGAUGUAGUAAUGAGGCAUCUACCAUCAAUGAUGUACACUCCUGUUGGAAGAUCAUUCUUUUCUUCUCCUGAAGGAUAUUACCAUCCUCUAGGUGGUGGUAGAGAAGUCUGGUUUGGUUUCCAUCAGUCAGUGAGACCUAGUCAAUGGAAAAUGAUGCUGAAUAUUGAUGUUUCUGCUACGGCUUUUUAUAAGGCACAGCCAGUUAUUGAAUUUAUGUGUGAAGUACUUGAUAUUCGGGAUAUUAACGAUCAAAGAAAACCUUUAACUGACUCCCAAAGAGUUAAGUUCACUAAAGAAAUAAAAGGACUCAAAAUAGAGAUCACUCACUGUGGUACUAUGAAGAGAAAAUACAGAGUAUGUAAUGUGACACGCAGACCUGCACAAAUGCAAUCAUUUCCUCUACAAUUAGAGAAUGGACAAACUGUAGAAUGUACUGUAGCCAAAUACUUCCUUGACAAAUAUAAAAUGAAACUUAGAUACCCCCAUUUGCCUUGUCUUCAAGUGGGGCAGGAGCAUAAACAUACAUACCUUCCUUUAGAAGUAUGUAACAUUGUGCCAGGCCAAAGAUGUAUUAAAAAGUUAACGGAUAUGCAAACAUCAACUAUGAUCAAAGCUACAGCUCGCUCUGCACCAGAUAGGGAACGUGAGAUUAAUAAUCUGGUGCGUCGUGCUAACUUUAACACCGAUUUAUAUGUAAAGGAGUUUGGGCUCACGAUAUCUAACAAUAUGAUGGAGGUUCGUGGACGUGUACUCCCUCCACCAAAGCUGCAGUACGGCGGCCGCGUCUCCUCUCUCGGUGGACAACAAGCGUUGCCAAACCAAGGAGUAUGGGAUAUGCGCGGAAAGCAGUUCUUCAUGGGUGUGGAGAUCAGAGUAUGGGCUAUCGCCUGUUUCGCACCACAGAGGACUGUCAGAGAAGAUGCUCUUAAGAACUUCACACAACAGCUGCAGAAAAUAUCUAACGACGCGGGCAUGCCGAUAAUAGGGCAGCCGUGCUUCUGCAAGUACGCUACUGGGCCGGACCAAGUGGAGCCAAUGUUCAAGUACCUCAAGUCUACCUUUGUACAACUGCAACUUGUUGUCGUCGUGUUGCCAGGAAAGACACCAGUCUAUGCGGAAGUGAAACGAGUUGGUGACACUGUGCUUGGCAUGGCGACACAAUGUGUACAAGCGAAGAACGUAAAUAAGACAUCACCCCAAACUCUUAGCAAUCUUUGUCUCAAGAUCAACGUCAAGCUAGGAGGCAUCAACUCUAUUUUAGUGCCAUCGCUACGUCCCAAAGUGUUCAACGAGCCGGUAAUCUUCUUAGGCGUGGAUGUGACUCAUCCGCCUGCUGGUGACAACAAGAAACCGUCCAUCGCUGCAGUAGUCGGCUCUAUGGACGCCCACCCAUCACGAUACGCAGCCACCGUCCGUGUGCAACAACAUAGGCAAGAGAUAGUACACGAGAUGAGCAGUAUGGUACAGGAGUUAUUGAUAAUGUUCUACAAAAGCACUAACGGCUUCAAGCCGCAUCGUAUCAUAAUGUACCGUGACGGCAUCUCCGAGGGACAGUUCAUACAUGUUUUGCAACAUGAACUCACCGCGGUCAGAGAAGCCUGCAUAAAGCUGGAGGCGGAGUACAAGCCCGGUAUCACUUUCAUAGUGGUACAGAAGCGUCACCACACGCGUUUGUUUUGCGCGGACAAGAAGGAGCAGUCGGGAAAGUCCGGCAAUAUACCCGCCGGCACAACUGUCGAUCUCGGCAUCACGCAUCCCACGGAGUUCGACUUUUAUCUCUGCAGUCAUCAGGGCAUACAGGGCACGUCCCGCCCGUCCCACUACCACGUGUUGUGGGACGACAACCACUUCGGCUCCGACGAGCUGCAGUGUCUCACAUACCAGUUGUGUCACACGUACGUGCGCUGUACCCGUUCCGUAUCGAUACCAGCGCCCGCAUACUACGCCCACCUCGUAGCGUUCCGCGCCCGAUACCAUCUAGUGGAGAAGGAGCACGACUCGGGCGAGGGUAGUCACCAGUCCGCGUGUAGUGAAGACCGCACGCCCGGGGCUAUGGCCCGCGCUAUCACCGUACACGCGGUCACCAAGAAAAAACCGGGCUUGAAGAUCAGUAAAUUCUAUCGACUUAAUAUUAUUAUAAGUUAUAAUAAUUAUUAUCAUUAUUGGGAACGAAUCCCAGUAUCCUUACACAUUGUAAAUUAG